CAAACCUUCAGACUUCAAGGAGUACCAGAGCUCAGAAGCAUCAGUAUUCAGCACACAGUGCACUAGUUGCAGAACUUUAGAAGAGAACACACAAUGAGCUAUUACGGCAGCAGCUCUUCUGGUGGACGAAGUGGUAGGAGAGUCGACUACGGGAGGACAUAUGUGGUGAGGCCAAAGGGAAGGCACCUAGCCACCAUUGUGUGGCUCCAUGGCCUAGGUGACAAUGGUGCAAGCUGGUCCCAGCUCCUGGAUUCUCUUCCUCUGCCAAAUAUCAAGUGGAUAUGUCCCACAGCAGCAACCCGUCCUGUCGCUGCUUUUGGUGGAUUCCCUUGCACUGCAUGGUUCGAUGUUGAGGACACAUCAAUAGAUGGCCGUGAUGACACUGAGGGACUGGAUGCUUCAGCUGCACACAUUGCAAACCUGCUGUCUUCUGAGCCAUCUGAUGUGAAGCUUGGGAUUGGUGGUUUCAGCAUGGGCGCCGCCGUGGCCCUCCAUUCCGCAGCAUGCUAUGCUCAUGGCAAAUUCACAAGUGGAAUCCCCUAUCCAAUCACACUCAAUGCAGUCAUCAGUUUGAGUGGCUGGCUCCCUUGCUCAAGGACCCUGAGAGGCAAGAUGGAGAGCUCACACAUUUCUACAAGAAGAGCUGCGUCCUUGCCCAUCCUGCUUUGCCAUGGAAGAGUGGAUGAGGUUGUCACCUACAGGAAUGGCGAGAGAUCAGCUGAGAUUCUGAGGUCCUCAGGAUUCUCGUAUCUGAGUUUCAAGCCCUACAAUGGGUUGGGCCACUAUACCAUCCCUGAAGAAAUGGACGAUCUCUGGAAGUGGCUCAGCUCAAUGCUUGGCCUCAACCGAUCUCGCUAAAAUAAGAGUAUUUGCGUAUGCGCAAUGGCUUUGGUUGAGAGUGUUUUACAAAAUAGAGGGAAAUUCGGUUGGAUAGCUUUGUAAUGCUUCAUGCUCCUCGUUCUCUUCAGUGCUCACUUCCAGGUGUCUUUUGUGUCAUUGCCCUACUUUAUUGGUAUAUGUUUUUGUCGUGUGACUGGCAAGGAGUGGUUAUAUGUAACGUAGUUCUCGUCUGAUCUUGCUAAUAAAAAAGGAAUUCCAUUGAGGCCUCGGAUCCAUGAAA